AUGUCUGAUGAGAAGAAUGCUGUUACUAUCCCCGUCCUCUCAGAGGAUCCUAAAGAAAGGAAAGAAAAUGAAAAGAGAUUCCGUGAUACUGAACCAUUAAAGAUGAGCGAAGAAGACGCGCUUAUCAAGAGUCAAGUGGAAUUACUUAUCAAUCGUGCUGGGGAUAGUAAUACGGCAUUAGCUUUUACUGCCGUUGAGCAACUUAUUGAUUUAUUAAGGACACACACAGGAGGUAGCGUCGCCUCUGUUCCGAAACCACUCAAGUAUGUUCGGGCAAUGUAUGGACAACUCGAAAAAAUUCUUAAAGAAACCAAAGAUCCUUCUCUUGCGGUACGUCUUCAUGAUGUUUUAUCAUUUGUGGCUAUGACGAUUGAAUUUCCAGAUGGACGACGAGGUGCACUUGAGCACAAAUUACAGGGAACGCGGGAUGAUCUCGCACAGUGGGGCCAUGAAUACCUCCGUUUUCUCGCGGGUUCUAUCAGUGCAGAGUGGAAAGAGCGUACCAGCAAAGCCGAAGGUGUUAACGAUUUGACAGACUUUGUAAAACAGAUAGUAAGUUAUAUGGUAACUCAUCAGGAUGAACCAACUGCUGUGGAUCUUCUUAUGGAAGUUGAGGAUAUAAAUGCCAUACUUCCACUAGCUGAGAGUCAUAAUCACAGACGCAUUGCGAAUUAUUUGGCAGCAGUCAGUAAGUAUUUAACACGUCCUAUGGAUACAGCAGCACUUCGUGUGGUUUAUGAUAUUUACGUCAAGAUGGAAUCCUACACUGAAGCGAUAAUGAUAGCACUUCGUUUGGGAGAUCGUGCAUUGGCUAAAAAUUUAUUUGAAAAGUGUCAAAAUCCGGCAAUGCGUUUACAAAUGGCAUUAAGUUGUGGUCGUUAUAGACUAUUUAUUGAAAUUGACAAUGAAGAAGAAGAUUUAUUAAAUGAGGCUAUGGGGAAUAUGCAGUUAUCACAACUUUACCGCCAAGUUGCACAAGAUUUGGAUGCAAUGGCCCCUAAAACUCCUGAAGAUGCCUUUAAAACUGGUCUUGAUGGAAAAGAAGUAAUUAAUUCUUCUGACAGUUCAUUUAAAUUGGUAUGCUCUUUCGCAAGUGGUCUUUUAAACUGUGGUUUUGGAAAAGAUACCUAUUUAACAGAGAAGAGUCCUUCAUGGCCCUAUGAAUUAACAGAAAAUCGUCUCAUCGCCACUACAGCUAUGUUGGGACUUAUUCAUCUUUGGGAUCAUGCAGAAGGUUUACAAGAGAUUGAUAAAUAUUUAUAUGCAGAGGCCACAAAUAUAAGAGCUGGUGCUUGUCUUGCUGUUGGUGUUGCCAUGUGUGGAGUUACAAACCCGUUUGAUCCUGCAUUGGGUCUUCUUUCUGAAAAAGUCAACGCCCCACAAAAAGAAGUUAAAAUUGGUGCUAUCCUUGGUCUUGGUUAUGCCUACUCUGGAACUCAAAAAGAAGAAAUCAAAGAGUUACUCAUACCUACUUUGGCAGACAGUGAACAAGUAUUGGAAGUACAAUGUUUAACAGCGUUUGCACUCGCUAUGGUUUUUGUUGGUUCCACUGAUGAAGACCUUGCAGAAACCAUGUUGAAUACUUUAAUGGAAAUUCCAGAGGAAAAUCUUAAAGAUCCGGUGGUAUCUUACUUAAUAUUGGCAUUAGGUUGCUUAUUUCUUGGUAAACAGGAAGCCGCCGACACACUUCUCGACGCCACACAUGCUCUUUCACCUAUAAUAAGACGUUACACUGAAAUUGUGGUUUGCAGUUGCGCUUAUGCCGCUACUGGAAAUGUUGUUGUAAUUCAAAACUUUUUUCACGCUAUUGCUGAGAAUGAAGAUCCUGAUGAGAUAACAGAGGAAGGAGCAACAGAAGAAAAGAAACAUGAUACAACUGCAAAUAUUACACCAAUGAACCACAAAGCUGCGGCUGUUUUAGGUAUUGCAUUGGUGGCUCUUGGUGAAGAUAUUGGAGUGGAGAUGGCAAAACGAUCCAUUAUUCACGCAUUAUUGGUUGAUACAGUCAAUAAAGGACCUGCAAAUAUGUCAGGAAGAUAUGCGAUUCCGCUAGCAUAUGCGCUGUUAUCUGCGUCUAAUCCAAGUAUGCCAGUUGUGGAAACGCUUAACCGUCUUUCUCACGAUAGUGAUAUACCCACCGCAAUUAAUGCUAUUCUUGCAAUGGGAAUAGUCUCAGCUGGCAGCAAUAAUGCCCGAGUUGCAAGUAAACUACGUAAUUUGGCUUCUUAUUAUCAUAAGGAUCGAUUUGCACACCAACUCUUUUCUGUACGACUUGCACAGAGUUUUACAAUGAUGGGUAAAGGUCAUUUAACACUCUCCCCACUUCAGAAUGAUCGUGCAUUGGUAUCUCCAACUGCACUUAUGGGACUUCUUGGAUUUUUACACAGUGCCCUCCAAUAUGAAAAGACUAUUCUUGGAAAGUAUCAUUAUAUGCUUUUGACGAUUGCCCCUAGCAUCAGCCCUCGUAUGGUUCUUCCUGUGGACUCAAAGCUAGAAGUGGUGAAAGAUGGUGUGCAGGUGCGUGUGGGACUCCCUGUGGACACGGUCGCAGUGGCAGGAAAGCCCAAGACGAUUACAGGAUUUCAGACCCUCAGUACACCAGUGCUACUUAAUGCGACGGAUAAAGUGGAGAUGGCAUCGGGGAAAUAUCAUGCUGUUGCAGCAGUUGUGGAAGGCGUCUUUGUCGUCGAGGAAAAGCCAAAUGUUGAAUAG